AUGAAGCACACAACCCUUGAAUGGUUCGGGGCGACGACGUUUCGGCUUCGGAUCAGAGGAGUUACGAUCUUCCUGGAUACAUGGCUAGAUAGGCCUUCAGUCCAGCCGGUAUACCUGGCAGUUGACCAAGUGACAGACGCAGACUACAUCUUCAUAUCCCACGCACAUUUUGAUCACCUUCCUGGAGCGGAUCGAAUUGCAAUAAACACUGGCGCUACUGUAAUAGCGAACGGCGAAGCGAUCAAUUGUCUCAGACAUGCCGGUGUUCCUGAAGAGCAGCUGCUGCCCGUCUCCGGUGGUGAGCGGAUUCCUCUCUUUACGCGUGAAAUAAGAAACAAGGCCAAGGAUGACGUAGCCCUGAGAGCCCCUGGUCCGCCUGGUGGCCCUGUAUUCCCAGUGCAUGAACUCGCUGCGUUGUCUGUAGAAGUCUGGCCUUCUCUGCACUGCCUAAUGCCGCCGAGUCACCCGAAGAUAAUCAAUACUGGGACCGUCUAUACCGGCGCAGCAACCCCCUUUACCUGCACCUUGGAUAUCACGCUGGGGAUGAAACACGGGCUUCUGAAGUUGGGUGAACUUAUGCCAGUGGAAAAGCAAAGCGAAGGGCAACGAGCUUUUAUUGAGUAUGUCAGCGACCGGAAACGCAAUGUAUUCUCUCAUUAUGAUGGGGGGCAGUUGAUGUACAACUUUCUCAUCGACGGCAAAGCGUUGCUUUGGAGUGCCCAUCUGGGCGGUUAUGAGGGUAUCCUAAAAGCCCUCAAACCCAAACCAGAUGUGGCCAUUCUAGGAAUUGCCGGUCGAGCAAACCUAAGUGGGAAACCCUUCGAUGGAUCCGCAGCCGAGUUUGCGGUAAAAGAGAUUCAAUGGCUCGAGAGCCCUUCCCAAGUGAUAUGGUGCUUGCAUGACGAAAGCUGCAUUCCACCAUACAGAAUCGACACGUUGGCUGCCACUGCGGCAGUUGAGAAGGAAACGGAGUCAAAGGUCUUGGAUUUAAAACAUGCCGAGGUUUGUAGGUUGGACCUGUAG